CUGAGUUGCACAAUUUAAGUUCCCUCCACUUGGAGAGGCGCUACGUUGAUUUGUCUGGAAGGGCUUUCCGUGUCCUCUUAUAAAAAAUCUGUUUCUUUGUUUUAUGUUUGUUCUUUGCUUAGCAAGGAUGAACGGGAUUCGUUUAUUAGAAAAAAUAUUUGCUUUCUAUUUUAUGUCUCACAUUCCUAUCACGUUAUUUAUUGACUUGCAAACUGUUCUACCGGGAUAUUUCUAUCCCGAAGCUCUGAGAGACCUACUCCAGUGGUAUUCAAAGGAAUACAAAGAUCCAAUGCUCCUGCACCCCCCCGAGUGGUUCAAAUCUUUCAUCGUCUGUGAAGGUCUGCUGCAAUUGCCUUUCUUCCCGAUUGCAGCAUAUGCUUUCCUUAAAGGGAGCUGUCACUGGAUCAGGACUCCGGCCAUUAUUUAUUCCACGCAUGUUGCUACCACAUUAAUCCCGAUUCUGUCCCACAUCCUUUUUCAUAACUCCACUAUUGAAAGCCGGUGGUCUCCACAGACAUGGCAGGAACGCUGGAUGCUUGCUGCCAUAUAUGCUCCAUACUUAUUUAUCCCCGUCCUACUACUCUUCACCAUGCUGCUGUCAUCCACAUACAAUCCUGCUAAAUUUGGAAAUACAUUUCUGAACAAAACAAAGAAGAAGUAUUAAAAUAUUGCCAAAGUUUCAUGAUUUUGUCAGGCAUCAUUCAUACUAAGAUCACUUAUUCGUCAGGUUUUUAUUUUGUUUUUUUAACUUUUUUUUCCCCCUACAUAACUUUAUUAAUUAUGCCAUUCCGCAAUAAAUCUGGAGAAAAUAAGUGGAUCACUUAAUUGUGGAAUUCAAGUGGAAAGACACUUCCUUCCUUUUUGUUACUGGGGUUUGUUUCUGUCAACUGUAGUACCAUUUAUAGAUGUGUCUUGCCUAAUCACCUCCAGUCAAUUGGAUGAUCAGUUUGCAAGCGCUUUCUUUUCAUGUCUGGUUUUCCUGGCUUUGUUGUUGCCAAUGAUUUAUGUUUAUACUUUGUUAAUACUUCAUUUUUCUAAAAAUAAAUGAUUUUUUGAACUCA